AUGUCGUACCACAAUCAAGACCCCUCCGCCGCCGCCUCCUCGCAGCCUUUCCGGUGGCACUACGCCGAGUUCGACGACAGCAACUUCCAAAUCCGCGGCCGCACGCUCUUCUUCGUUGUCGCCCUCUUCUCCGUCAUCCUCCUCAUCGCCCUCCUCUUCCUCUACGCCCGCUGGGUCUGCCGCUUCCCGCCGCUACCGCCGCCGCCGGCGACGCCGGCCCACUCCUCUCUUCCGGUCCACGCGCCGUCGAAGGGCCUCGACGCCGCCAGCAUCAGCAGCCUCCCGAUANUCCACAUUAAAUGA